GACAUUCGGGCAAGAUGUGUGUGAUAAGUUCAGCACAUGAACUUGUGUCAUUGAGGAAGGUUACAUGAAUAUUGGUUUAUUCGGCACAACAGACGAAGACGUGUGGUGCACAAGCCUAAGGGGUUAGUAUUUCAGAUUUCUGGCAGGUGUUAAUUCUAUGAAUUAUGUUCAAACAAAUAUUCAGUAAGCUUCCUCGAAAGUCGUCUAAAUCCACUGAAUAUCGGGAACAAGGUGGAAGUGGAAGCCCUGCAAUUCAUUCAAAUGCUUCGUCUACCUACAGAAACAAUGAUCUUGGGAGCAGCAAGUCUGGAAAUUCUUCCGUAUUGGCAGCCCCUUAUUCUGCUUUAAAUGCAGGACAGCAUCAUGGUAACAGAGUUUCCCAGGCUGUGAAUGUAAAUCUGACAGGGAAUUCGGUGCCUCCCUCUUAUGAAGCAUUACCUGCGUUCAGGGAUGUUCCUAAUUCUGAGAAGCUGAACUUGUUUAUUAAAAAGCUGAAGAUGUGCUGUGUUGUGUUUGACUUCACUGACCCAACGAAGCACACCAAAGAAAAGGAAAUUAAGCGGCAGACCUUGGUAGAAAUGGUAGACUAUGUGACUUCUGCCAGUGGUAAGUUCCCAGAAAUUGUAAUACAAGAAGUUGUAAAAAUGGUGUCUGUAAAUAUAUUCAGGACGCUUAGUCCUCAGCCGCGCGAGAACAAGUUUGUUGAAGCCCUAGAUGUGGAGGACGAGGAGCCUUCCAUGGAUCCUGCUUGGCCUCACUUGCAAAUUGUGUAUGAGCUUUUUCUAAGAUUUGUGGCAUCACCUGAGCUGGAUGCUAAGUUGGCUAAAAGAUAUAUUGAUCAGUCCUUCAUAGUGAAGCUUUUGGAUUUGUUUGACUCUGAAGAUCCUAGAGAACGGGAAUAUUUAAAAAUGACUCUGCACCGCAUUUACGGGAAAUUCAUGGCUCAUCGCCCUUUCAUCAGGAAAGCUAUCAAUAACAUCUUUUAUCGUUUUAUUUUUGAGACAGAGAAGCAUAAUGGAAUUGCUGAAUUUUUGGAAAUUCUGGGGAGCAUCAUCAAUGGUUUUGCACUACCAUUGAAAGAGGAGCAUAAACUGUUUCUUGUUCGUGUACUUAUUCCCCUGCACAAACCAAAAUGCUUAGCUAUGUACCAUCAACAAUUGUCUUAUUGCAUUACCCAAUUCGUGGAGAAAGAUUGCAAGCUUGCUGAUACCAUUAUCCGGGGAUUGUUGAAGUACUGGCCAAUAACAAAUAGUUCAAAAGAAGUGAUGUUCCUGAGUGAGUUAGAAGAAGUCUUGGAAGCAACUCAAUCUCCAGAAUUCCAACGUUGUAUGGUGCCAUUGUUUCGCCGGAUAGCACAGUGUUUGAAUAGUUCACAUUUCCAGGUGGCAGAGAGGGCGUUGUUCUUGUGGAACAAUGAUCACAUUGAGAACUUGAUCAAACAAAACCGCAAAGUGAUACUGCCCAUUAUCUUCCCUGCAUUGGAGAGAAAUGCCAGAAGCCAUUGGAAUCAGGCUGUGCACAGUUUGACUCUAAAUGUGAAGAAGACAUUCUAUGAUCUUGAUCCUGAUCUGUUCAAGGAAUGCUUACAGAAGUUCGAGGAAGACGUAUCGAAGGAAGAUGAAGUAACAGCAAAACGUGAAGCUACAUGGAAACGUUUAGAGGAACUUGCUGUAAAAAAAGCUGCAAGCAGUGAAGCAGUCCUUGUUCAUUCUUAAAGCUUCCCCUCGUAGCUCUUCAGGUUAGGGAGAAUUGGAAACUGUAGUCUGGUUCAACAACUUCAAUUUUUUCUUUUAAUUUGAGCUGGAAUUUUAUAUUAUUUUUGUGUAUUAUGGAUGGGAUGGCUAAGAGCGGUAAUUUCAUGAAUAUUUUCUUUCUUAUUACAGAGCAAUUGAAGGGGAUGAUAGUAACACAUAAUGGAAAGCUUAGCUAGUAUAUUGCAUUUGAA